AUGUCCACUCCAGUUUCCAUUGAACCUCCGCCAACGGCACACCUGCGCACGGGAUCACAACAAGAGCGGGAGUUUCAACAAAAGAUUGAACAAAUGAUUGUCAUGCAAUAUCACGAACAAAGUUUGGCCGAAGGAAAGUUGAAGGUUGCCAGUGACAUUGAACCAAUCAACAGUAAUACAAAAGGUACUGCUGCUAGUCAACAACAACAUCAACAUCAACAACAACAACAACAACAACAACAGCAAUCUCUUCCGCCACUGCCACCACAAGAACAAUUGCCAGCCACCAUAACCGAACUUGCUACAAGUGGCGAUUCGUCCGACAAUAGCAUUGUGGGAGCAAGUACUUCUUCCACACCAUGGCCAUCAGCACAAAGAUCCAACACUCUUACAUCACAUCCUUCUCAAGCUGGUGUUGGAACUGGAACACUUCUAUUUCCGGAAGAUUAUCAGUCCGCAGGGGCCGCCAUCACUGCAGGGUAUGGAGCCAUUCCACAACCACCACCACAAGCACAACUACCACAAGCACAACCACAAAAAUUUGAUGAGCUAGAACAAAUGCAACAACAUCAUCAGCAACAUGAUUUUCAUUAUGGCAAUCCUGAUUACAAUCAUCGCGAAGACGACGACGACAAUGAUUCAAAUAAGAAAUCGUGGUGCGAAAAGUGUUGCUGCUUGUGUACACCAUUCCUGGAACUUUUACGACAGGAACAGCUGCGUCGAUCCUUUUGCUAUGGUGCCAUUGAUGGUACCCUGACUGGAUCCGGAAUUGCCUCGGCCUUUUGUGCACUCGGUGUAUUGAAUCUUCAUACGACUUGGGAAGUCCGGUUGGCGGUCUUUUGCUUGAGUGCUUCGGCCUGCUUUGCGGAUUCCUUGUGCGUGGCGAUUGGCCACAUUUGGACUUCCUACGUCGUAUCCUCGAGUCAUGCGUUGGACCGAGCCAAGGAACGAAAGAUUUUGGAGGAUUCCACGGGGGAUGCCAAGGCCAAGCUGAUUGAUAUGCUAUUGGCGCGGGGGGUACUCAAGAUUGAUGCCAUGAGUCUGGCGGAUACCCUGGAGGGGUACCCGGAUUUGUUUGUGAAUGCAUUGGUGGGAGACUCGCUAUGUGCCGGAUCCGAGGAAGCGGAACAACAGCUAGACCAAGAACAUCCGUCUGAUUCUAUGCGAAGCAGCCGGUCACUUCAGGCUUUCAACUCUUGGAGGAACUUUCCAUCGUAUGGUCAGCUCGCUCAGCUCGAAUAUGAGCUCAGUCCAGAGCAAGCCAAUGUGGACAUCGUCGUCAAGGAAAGUCAACGAGAAGGAACAUUUAUGAUGAUCGGUUUUGCUAUGUUUGCCAUUCUCCCAAGUUUAUUGUGGCUAUUCUUACCGAUCUGGAUAGCACCAUCCUCGCAUGUUGCCAAGGGAGAGAGUGGGCGAACCAUUUCACCCUCGAGUUUGAUUGUUUCCAUAACGGCAAUCAUUAUGUGGUCUCUAGGAGCCUGGAAAAGCACCUUUUUGGGAUCCCACCCUAUGACGGUGGGUAUUGAAACCGUCAUUGUAUUGCUAAUCUGUGUACUCUCGGCAUAUGGUAUGGGAUUCCUACUGAAGUAUUGUUUUGGUGACGACGUGGAGAUGUUUGUUGCCACAGAGUAA